CGUGCGCAAAGGCAGCGGCGCAAGCAACCAGUUGAAUGUGUGCAACAGUUGUCUGCUAAUAAUACCAACAACCUGCUGCGCCUUUAAGAGGAUGACUGAGAAGGAAACCUAAUAGCCUAUCUCUGCAUAUCUGAGCUCAAGCUUCCAUCAAUUAACAGCAAGAUCCAAGAACGGGACGAUAUCACAAUCCGCCCCUGUUCUCUCCACUCCAAUCCACUCCACCUGCUUUUUGUUUGUUUGUUUGAUUGUUGUUUUGCUUCUUUUUUUUUUGCCACCCUCAUAACCCGGAUUAAAUUACGCAUUGCACCUUUAAGAAGCUGUCACCAGGAUUAGAGUUACGCACGGUGAGAGCCAAGAGGGGUUUUACGCACAGUCGGUAUCCAGAGGAGUUCUCCGGCUUCAGCCACAGUCUCUCUCCCUCUGCGCCUGACACCGAACCCACGGGGGAGCCGUCCACACCGCGCGCGCCAUGGCCGAGACAGGGACAGGGACCGGGUCCGGGACAGGGAAGGGGGUCACAGCCGGGAAACUGGCCAUCAACGUCCAGAAGCGGCUGACCAGAGCGCAGGAGAAGGUUCUGCAGAAGCUCGGCAAAGCUGACGAGACCCGAGAUGCCGCCUUUGAGGAGAUGGUGGCCAGAUUCAACAAGCAGACGGCAGAAGGUACCAAACUGCAGAAAGACCUGAAAGCCUACGUGACGUCAGUGAAAACUCUGCACGACGCGUCGCGGCGGCUGCAGGACUGUCUGGCCGAAAUGUACGAACCCGAGUGGUUCGGCAAGGAGGAGAUGGACGCGCUGACAGAGGAGAUGAUAGAGAAGGAGAUGGACAAUAACUUGGAGGACACAGACACGCUGUGGUUAGACUAUCACCAGAACAUCACGGACAAAUGUGUGGUGUGCAUGGACACGUACCUGACUCAGUUUCCUGAUCUGAAGGCUCGCAUAGCAAAGCGCGACAGGAAGUUGGUGGACUUUGACAGUGCCAGGCAUCACUUUGCCUCCUUACAGAAAGGGAAGAAGAAGGACGAGGCCAAGAUCGCCAAGCCAGCAGCCCUGUUGGAGAUGGCGGCUCCCAGCUGGGCUCAGGGUUUGAUAUCAGCCCACCAGGUGGCUCAGACUAACCUCUCCUACAACCAGGCGGAGGAAGACCUCGGUCGAGCCCAGAAGAUUUUCGAGGAGCUGAAUGUGGAGUUACAAGACGAGCUUCCAGUCCUGUGGGACACUCGUGUUGGCGUCUAUGUUAACACAUUCCAGAGCCUGGCAGGUCAUCAGGAAAAGUUCCACAAAGAUAUGAGCAAACUCAGCCAAAACCUGAAUGACAUCAUGACCAAACUGGAGGAGCAGCGGCAGCUCAAAAAAGAUGGUACUGCAGCAGCCAAGACAGAAGGUGGUGCAAAGAGUGAUGAAGCCAACCACAGUGAUUCAGCCUGCUCAGCACCAAAGGUGGAGCAGAGGCUCGGUCCUCCUCCCAGUCGACCUCCACCGAGGCUGACGCCGUCUCCGGACCAGAGACGGGAAAACGCCGCGCUGUUUGAGGACGAGGCCUCGGAGUCUGACGCUAACGCCGACUCCACAACGACGCCGGCGACGACACAGAAGGCGCCAUCAUGGGAUUCAUGGCAAGAACCUAGAGCCACAGAGCAGGAACUCCAGUAUGAUGAUGAUGAUCAGUACUCAGAGGAGGCCCAAGGUGGCUGGGGUUCCAAUGAACCCACCACCGGGAGCUAUUCUCAGCCCGGUUGGGACGAUGCAGAGGCUGAUCAAGAUCAGGAAAGCUGGAACGACACCCAAGGCCACGCCGCUCAGUCGUACACCGAACCCACCUGGGAUGAUAAAGACACCAGUGUGGGACAGGGUGGCUGGGGAGAUGAUGAAGAGGCACAGUGUGCUGUGACCAACGGCUCUGAUGGUGAACUCCCUCCAGGAUUCCUCUACAAGGUGAAGGCGAUACACGACUACACUGCCACCGAUGGUGAUGAGCUGGAACUGAAGAUGGGAGAUGUCGUGCUGGUCGUGGCCUUUGACAACCCAGAUGAACAGGACGAUGGCUGGCUCAUGGGUUAUCAAGAGUGUCAGUGGUUGCAGAAGAAAGCUCUUUCAGCCAAAGGUGUUUUCCCUGAAAACUUCACCCAGAAGGUUUGAGGUUCAUGACACCCCCAAAGAUUCUUCUCCCACUUCUCCGACACAAACUCUUCCAAAGUCUGUUUCAUAAAUGUCUGUUCUACACAAUACAAUGUAUUGGUACAGCAUGAUUGGAAAUGUGCACGCACAUCUCAACAGUUAUGACACCAAAUGAUUUAUACGUGCAGAAAACAGCGAAGGUCUGUAAUCACAGAAUUUCUCGAAUAUAUUUAUGCACAACGAAAGUUAAAUGAUGAGAGGAAACAUUUUAGUUGAAAUGUCCAAAUUGCAACACAAAAUAAUGCUGAAUUCUUAACAAUGUGGUGAACACAAGUGAAACACAAGACAAUAGCGAUAUUUAAAAAGAAAAAAAGAAAGGAGAUAGUCGUGGAUGUACUGUAUGAAUGUCAAAGUAUCUAUGUCGUGUAUCAAGUUUUUGAGGACUUUUCACAGUUGCUUGCAUUUCACUGUGGCACCAGUUGGGGCAUCGCUCCAUGAAAUAUGCCUGUUACUGUCAAAAUGUGCAGGUGUCCCAGGCUAGAGCCCUGGAGAACACCACCCAUAUAAACCGGAUGUUUGCGGGGCUUCUUCUUGCUUUAUCAAAGUGAAUCACUUCCGUUUCUUGAACUUGUAGCUUUAUCAAAGGGAACAGUAGUUUAUCAUUGAUUUAAAUUGGCCAUUUUGAGUAUGUGACAUGAGGAGUGGCUUCGGUUUUCUAAUGCACACGUUUUAUUUUAGUUUUUGAAACAUCUGUUCAUUGAAGCAUGAAAUUCAAAGCUUCUCAUCAAGCUUGGCUACUGAAUAUUUUCCUCCGUCGUCUAUCAUUACCACUAUUUCUGGCUAUAAACCACUGAUUUAGUUGGAGUACUCUGAGAUAUGUUAUUUAAAUAUUUUCCAUAUUUAAUUAUGGAUUUCUGUGAUCUCUGGAAUACGACGAUCUGACCGGACUCUUUUGCUGUCAACACUGGAUCAUUUAUAGAGACAUGUGUUUUCUUUAGUUUCCCAGUAUAAAGGUUUAGACUGCUGUGAGUCCAUGGCUGCAGUGUUACCAACGCUAAAACACUUUUAUUGAGUUCAAAUAAAUAAUGAGCCUGUGAUUUAUCUGACCGACAGAAACCAAAGUUAAACCCCACAAAAAUGUAUUUUCAAACUAUGGAGAUAAUGAAUAUGGUCACUAUUGCAACAAAUUGGUCAUUAAAGAUUAAUGAAGCAACA